CCCGACUGAGGAAGCUGAUGGUCUUCUUUUAGAGCCUGUGGGCAGUUCCGGUCAGUCGGCAGUGUAUCCUGGAAGCACCUUCAGCUCCGACGAUUGAGCUCCCUCUAGUGGUCCCCGACAGGGCUGCACACUUUGACUACAAUUCCAAAUUUUGGGCACACUGCCACCCGGAGCACAGGAGGAACAACAGCAGGCAGUCCAUCGAUGCCCCUCCAUCACGUCAGCGUGCUGCCAACCGCCCCAGCUGGGUCACCAGUUCAUCCAUGGCUUCCUCCCCACAUUUCAGCCCACAAAGGAUAACAACUCCUAGGCAGGUUUUGUCAAAAUGAAGAAAGCAUUUGCUGUGAGCGUGGGCGAGACAAGGCAGCGAGGAACCCUCAGGACCCUGUGACACACAGCCCGGGUUCAAGAAGAUCAGCAAGAAACGCGAAUCUCAGGUUAGACCUCUGCCGCACUGCUUCGAAACCGACAUGAGAGACAAAGAAGAGUCGCGGAAAGCCAUGCAGCACAACGAGCAGCUCGGACAGAUAGCCGCGGAGCUCGAGGAGAACAACGCCGGGCUCGAGCAGCACCGAAAGCAAGUGAGCGUUCGGUUACGAGCGGAGCAGGAAGGCCCCCUGGAGACGGAGCAGCGCUGCAAACAGCUGGCGAAGGUGAACCGGGACCUGGAGUCGCAGGUGGCAGACCUUAGCAGUCGCCUGCUGGAGGAGGAGAGCUGCACGGCCGAGCUGGCGGCUCACAAAAGACGGCUGGAGAAGGAGUGCUGCAGCCUGGAGAAUGACGUCGAGGAGCUGGAGGCGACCCUGACUGCAGUGGAGAAAGAGAAGCAGUGCUCCGAAGUCAACGUGCGGAAGCUGUCGGAGGAGCUGUCUCGACGGGACCAGGCCUUCACCGUGCUGCAGCAAGAAAAGGAGCACCUGGAGGACCUGAAUCUGGUGGAAGCUGACGAGACUGAGCCUGGCGUCCAGCAUGCGCUUGAGGACCUGCAAGCAGAAGAAGAAAAAGUGAACUCGCUAACCAAGGAGAAGGCGAAACUCCAGCUGGAAAUCGAGGAGUUGGAUUACCUGUUGCAGCAGGAGAAAAGACAGCGGUCAGAGCUGGACAAAGCCAAGAAGAAGCUGGAAGGGGACACCAAGAUGACUAUUGAAAAUCUGACCGAAAUGGAGAAAGUGAAGAUGGACCUGGAGGACGUCAUCAAGAAGAAGGACUUGGAGAUGACCGCCAUCAAUGACAAGCUGGAGGAAGAGGAGUCACAAAACCUGAAUGUCCAGAAGAAAAACAAGGAGCUCCAGGUGCGGAUUGAAGAGCUGGAGGAGGAGCUGGAAGCCGAGCGAGCCAUAAGGGCCAAGGUGGAGAAGCAGCGCGCAGACCUCAGCAGGGAGCUCGACGACCUCACCGACAGGCUGGAAGAGGCCGGUGGUGCGACCGCUUCCCAGGUGGAAAUGAACAAGAAGCACGAGACGGAGCUUCUGAGGCUGCGGCGCCAGCUGGAAGACGCGUCCCUUCAAUCCGAGGCCGUGGCUGCAGCGCUGCGCAAAAAACACGCGGACGCCCUGGUGGAGAUGACGGAGCAGUACGAGAGCCUGCAGCGGGUGCGCGCCAAGCUGGAGAAGGACAAGCAGAACAUGAAGCUGGAAAUCGAGGACCUGGCGGCUACUGUGGAGAACCUGCAGAAAUCCAAGGUUUCGAGUGACCUACAGAUCCAUAAAUUGGAGACCUUGCUGGCCGAAUCCAAUUCCAGGAAUGAGGAGCUCCAGAAGGCCCUUUCGGAAGUGAACUUGUCCAAAACCAGACUGACAGGUGAAAAUAACGACCUGAGUCGGCAGUUGGAAGAAAUUGAAAACCGGGCCUGCAAAAGCAUGCGAACAAAGACCCUGCUGGGGGCUCAGAAUGAAGAUCUGAAGAAGCUGCUGGAAGAAGAAAUUAAAACGAGGGCCACGCUGGGAAACAGCUUUGCAACCAUGAAACACGACUGUGAGCUUCUGAAGGAGCAGCUGGAAGAGGAGCAAGAGGGCAAACUGGAGCUGCAGAGGCUGGUGUCCAAGCUCAACAGCGACGUGACCCACUGGCGGAGCCGCUAUGAGGCGGACGCGAUUCAGCGCACGGACGAGCUGGAGGAGGCCAAGAAAAAGUUGUCAUCGAGACUCCAGGAGGCAGAAGAGGCGGUCGACGUCGCUCAGGCAAAAUGUUCAAGUUUGGAAAAAACGAAGCAGCGGCUGCAGGGAGAGGUGGAGGAUCUGUGCAUCGAUCUGGAGAAGGCAAACGCUUCUGCCACCUCCUUGGACAAGAAGCAGCGGCUGAUGGAGAAGCAGCUGUCCGACUGGCGGCAGAAGUGCGAGGACGUCCUGGUGGAGCUGGAUGGCUGUCAGAAGGAAUGCCGGCAACUCGCCACUGACCUGUUUAAGGUCAAAACGGCCUACGAAGAGGCAGUCGAGCAAAUGGAGAUGUUGAAGAGGGAGAACAAGACACUGCAAGAGGAAAUCACGGAUUUAACAGAUCAGCUUGGCGAAGGAGGGAAAAGCAUGCACGAGCUUCAGAAAUCCAAGAAGAAGCUGGAGAUGGAGAAGGAGGAACUGCAGGCGGCACUGGAGGAGUCGGAGGCAGCUCUGGAGGCCGAAGAGACCAAGGUAGUGCGCCUGCAGCUGGAACUGACACAGGCCAAGACGGAUGUUGACCGCAGGAUCCAAGAGAAGGAAGAGGAGUUUGAAGCUACGAGAAAGAACCACCAACGAGCCCUGGAGUCUGCCCAGGCUAGCCUAGACGUGGAGGUCAAAGGGCGCACCGAGGCGGUCCGAAUCCGCAAGAAGUUGGAAGGGGACAUCAAUGAGCUGGAGCUGCAGCUGGACUUCGCCAACAAAAAUAACGGCGAGCUACUGAAGACCACCAAGAAGAUGCAGCAGCAGAUUAAGGACAUGCAGACGCAGAUAGAAGAGGAGGCCCGUCAGCAAGAGGAGCUACGGGAGCAGUACGGUCUGAUGGAGCGCCGCUGUGGGCUUCUCACCACCGAAAUCGAGGAGAUCAGAACGGGUUUGGACGCAGCUGAGCGGUCCCGUAAGAUGCUUGAGCAAGAAAUGAUCGAGACCACCGAAAAGAGCAGCGAAGUAAAUAGCCAGUUCCAGGUGGUCACCAGCGUAAAGCGGAAGUUGGAAGCGGACCUUCAGCAGAUGAGCACCGAGCAUGAAGAGCUUCUUGGGGAGCUGCGGGUGUCUGAAGAGAAGGCCAAGAAGGCUGUGGCUGAGGCUGUGCGGAUAUCGGAAGAGCUGCGCCACGAACAAGACCACACUCUGCACCUGGAGAGGGUCAAGAAAGGGCUGGAGGCGCAGGUCAAGGAGCUGAGUGCCAGGCUGGAGGAGGCCGAGCAGUCCACUUUGAAGGGGGGCAAGAAGACGAUUCAGAAACUUGAAGGACGGGUGAAGGAGAUCGAGGUGGAGUUGGACGCGGAGCAGAAGCGGCAUGGAGAGAGCGUGAAGACCCUCCGCAAGAACGAGCGGCGUCUCAAGGAGCUGGUCUUCCAGGCGGAGGAAGACCAGAAGAACCAACACCGCAUGCAGGAGCUGGUGGAGAGGCUGCAGAACAAGCUGAAGGCCUACAAGAGACAAGUGGAGGAAGCCGAGGAACAGGCCAACGUGAACCUGGUGAAGUAUCGCAAGACGGUCCACGAGCUGGAUGACGCCGAGGAAAGGGCAGACAUCGCCGAGGCGGCGCUCACGAAAAUCCGAACCAAGAACCGGGCGAGCUUUGGGAAAGGCUACUCCUCGGGCUACAGCACCCCAUUCACCGGCACCAUCAGGUCUCCAAGUUCUGCGGGAUCCGAAGGUCGAGGUGAAAAACUAAUUGGUGACGAAGACACGGCCUCCCUCAUUCCUGCGUAUCUCAAUUCACUUAAGAAGCUGAUGAUUGAUUAGGAGGA